ACCCGUUCAGUUAUCCGGCUCAAAACCUCACCAACUCCAUCUUGACCUGAGCUUCAAAAGCGAUAUCCUGAAUCUUCGUCUCAUGAGUUAGCCGAAACCGAAAAACACAAUCGCACUUAUGCAGGCGCCAUGGACUUGGACGCCAUCCCGCCUGGCUGUUCGCGGCACCAGAGUCUCACGUUCAUUGCAACAAUGCGCAUUCUCCUCCUCUAGCCCACGCGCCUUCGCGCGCUGCUCGGCGCGCUCACUCGCCUCGUCGACACAACGCGCAAGACAUAGACGAGCAACAUCAUCAUUGGGGUCACCCCAACAGCCGGCACGCUCACAGCCGCCCCUGACUCCCACCCCAGUCCCAAGCCAAACCCGCCUCGCCUCCUCCUCGGCCUCGUCCCGCUGGAAGCUCCGCCAGGGCUCCGACCCCUUCGCCCGCGCCGCCCGCGUGCAGGGGCUCAAGUCGCGGGCCGCCUUCAAGCUGCUCGAGCUGGACGCAAAGUACCACCUCUUCCGGCGCGGCCGGGGCCAGGUGGUGGUCGACCUCGGCUACGCGCCGGGGAGCUGGUCGCAGGUGGCCGUCGACCGCACCGCGCCCAACGGCACCGUCGUCGGCAUCGACAUCAUCCCCGCCCAGCCACCCCGCGGGGUGAGCACGAUCCAGGGCAACUUCCUGAGCCCCGGCGUGCGGGACAUGGUCAAGCAGUUCCUCCUGGACGCGGAGAGGAAGAGGAGGGCCGAGAGGGCCGCUGCCGGGAAGGGCAAGAAGGUGGAGGAGGAGGAGGAGGCGGAGCGAGAGGGUGGGGACGAGAACGGGGUGCAGGGCGGAGGGGGCGCUGAAGUGGUGGCUGAUCGCCCGAGUUACAUCGACCUGGAGCGGAUGGCGGCGAAGCAGAGUGAGGCAGAGAGCGGCAACGACUCGGCCCCUCUGUCUUCCUCAUCAACCACGGAAGAAUCAAGAGACCCGGCAAAGAAGGAAGACACGAAGCCGAACCUGCGGUUGGUAGACGUAGUCCUCAGCGACAUGAUGAUGAACACGAGCGGCAUCGCCUUCAAAGACCACGCAGGGAGCAUGGACCUUUGCCGUGCUGCGCUAUCCUUUGCGUCCGAGACGCUCAAGCCCGGCGGCCACUUUGUGUGCAAGUUUUACCAGGGAGCCGAGGACAAGGCUUUCGAGAUGCUCCUGAAAAAGUUGUUUGCCAAAGUCCACCGGGAGAAGCCCGAAUCGUCACGCAGUGAAUCAAGAGAGGCGUUUUUUGUCGCGCUCAAGAGAAAAGGGGAUGUGACAUUGGAGGACAUUGAGGUUCAAUAGAGCCUGGGGUCUGCCUCGCUGGCGAGGAGACUUGGGUUGAGUAAUAUGGGCGAAUAAUAUCAUCCCCGCAGACAUCGCCGCCACUCUGUAACAGAUCAACAUAAAUCAACUCGACCGAGAUAUGCUUGUGUAUAUGUGUUGCCGCGGGGUUCAAUGGCACUGUCAAUUUCGUAGCCGUGGCAUCAGUGGAGUGCCAUCCAGUCAAUUCCUCAUGCCCGUGAAAAAGACAAAAGACUUUUUGUACGUCGUGUCCCAUACGCAGCCAGCACAGCGUGGCAAUCCCAGAAACCAGAUGCCCCCAUAACCAUUGCCAUGCGACGACCAAGAACCCCGCAUCACGCCCCAAACUCCAAAGGGUAUCCGUAUCCACCGCUUUAGACCUUGAAGCCACGCGACCUUCUGCGACCACGAGCACGCUCGAACUUGCGGCCCUUGGAGCGGACAUACGGCUUCUGUUUCGAGGAGUCAGUGCCGUCCAGGCUACCCUUGAUGGGGUACGUAAGCGGCCUACCUUGUGCUUGUGGGGACCGAAGCCGAAGUGCUUGACAGCCUCGCGGGCGUUCUUGGGGCCGCGGAGCAGGAGGGUGUUGGCGCCAGUGGGCUUCUCGAGCGCCAGCUGGUCGAGGGUAAGGACCUGGCCGCCGGCCGCGGUGAUGCGGGCACGGGCGGUGGCGGUGACGCGGAGAGCGGCAACCGUCAUCUUGGGGACGGUCAGGAGGCGGUUGUCAUCGGUGACGGUGCCGACGACAACAACCGUCUUGUUCUCGUUGCCGUUCUUGAGGUUCCUCGCGAUGCGGGACAGCGAGAUGGGCGGGCGGUUGAUGCGGCUCAUGAACAGGCGGCGCAGGACCACCUUGUUGAAGGGCGCAUCAGUGCGGCCUGUGA